AUGUCUACUCCCAACUUCUCAGACCACGACGCUGAGCUCUUCGGCCUUCCCUCGGCCGGCUUCACCGGCGGCAUGGGUUCGCCGUUUGAACUUGGCCUUCCACUGGAGUCCGACUCCGGUGCUUUCUCUCCUGCUCCUCAGGGAACAGUCUCGCCGAAAGAUCUCAUGAACGAGGGCGCAUCUUUCCCUCCCUCUGCGACCUGGACCGAUCUCAGCACCCCGUCCUUCGAGUCUCCCGAAGCAACCUUUAGCUCCAACACUUCGCCUCUGUUCACCGAAAUGGACGCGUUCAGCCAAUCUGCCUGGCCCUCUCUCUUCGAGGGUGACGAGGUCUCCAUGGAUGCGCUUAGCAACUUUGGGCUCCCAUCUGUGGAGAAGCCUGUUAAGCAAGAGAUGGUUCACCCCAUUGUUUCCGUCCCCGCACAGCCUCAGCGUCUCUCCACCCCGUCGGUCUCGUCGCCAAUCUCGGCCACCGGAGGUGCUAAGCCCUCCAGCGUUGCAGGCAUCAGCCGGUCUCGCAAGGAGCUUUCGCCCAUUGCCUUCGACCCCACUGACCCUGUUGCUGCUAAGCGUGCUCGUAACACUGAGGCAGCUCGCAAGUCUCGUGCCAAGAAGCUUCAGCGCCAGAUGUCCGCCGAGGCUCAGAUUGCUGAUCUAAGACGCCAGCUCGAAGAGUCCAGAGCUGAGAAUGCCAAGCUCAAGGCUCAGCUGCAGACCCAGCAGCAAUUUGCCUGA